AUGCUCGCGAGAUCACCGAAUGCAGCAUCUCGUAAUGGCAAGAAAUCUGAUCAUAUCAAACGACGUCUUCAAUCGGUAUUUGGCUAUACUCCAUAUGCGAUUUAUUUCGGUUUUGUUCCGUUAGUGAUUUAUUUGGGAAUGAGGCUUGGACCGGACCCAGGCACACCCGAAUUUUCAUUGGCAAAUUUAUUACCGAUUGGUUAA